GUCAUUUCCACCCACACGUCGCACUUAUAACUUUCCCCUCCCUGGUUAGCGACAUGGCAACAUUACGGUCCUUCCAGAACGAAAUCGAGGAGAUCCACCAUCGCGAGGUGGCGAGACAACGAGCCGCGGGCAUUGCAAUAGCAGACAAGGACAAGGACAAAGAGAACAAGAUGCCCAAGGGAAAAGUAACGGACGAAGCGACUCCUUCAAUUAAGCCGGAGGUUCCUACCGUCGAAGACGAAGCCAAUAUGCAAGAAGUCGAGGAUCGGAUAUUGGGGCUACUUCUAUCUAGCAACCCUGGAGACCAUGAUGCUGCCAGGGACCAGAUAGCCGCCCUCUUGACACACAAUAACGGAGAGGCCGUCAUCCGGAUAGGACAGCGUCCUCCUCGGACUGAAUUGUUCGCUGAUGAACUGGAUGACUCAAUACCUGGGUGGUCUGGGACUCCCAGAACUUCCGAAGAGGUAGAGAAGCUAAUACAAGGCUUGACGACUACGGUCGAAGAAGUUGGGGGUAAGGCCCUUUCGUUAUUUGAGAUCAAGACAGGGCAUCCUCGAGCGAGCAUACUACUCCGUCUCCCUCCGCCUAAUGUCUCAUUAACUCCGGAGGUUCGCUGUGCGGUCGUCGGGAACGUCGAUAGUGGGAAGUCUACUACCCUGGGCGUUCUAACUCGAGGGGUUCUCGACGAUGGCCGUGGACGUGCUCGAGUUGGACUCUUCCGUCACAAGCAUGAAUUAGAGACAGGUCGAACUUCGAGUGUGGGGAUGGAGAUUCUGGGAUUCGCUCCCUCUGGCCAUCCAAUAUUACCCCACAACACUUCUUCCACUGACCCGGACGUCGUUCGUCGGGAGAAACUCGGAUGGGAGGAAAUCUCAAUACAGGCGGCAAAGAUAGUCUCCUUCAUCGAUUUGGCUGGACACGAGAAGUACUUGAAGACCACAUUAUACGGCCUUACAUCUGGAGCGCCGUCAUGUGUCCUUUUAAUAGUUGGAGCCAAUGCUGGGCUGAUAGGAAUGUCGAAGGAGCAUUUGGCCAUCGCCCUUGCCUUGAGUGUUCCCGUCGUAGUUUGCAUAACCAAGAUUGAUAUGACGCCUCCAAAUGUGCUGGCGGAGACCAUCAAGCAGGUCGUCAAGAUCUUGAAGAGCCCUGGGUGCAGGAAAACCCCCGUUUUCGUCAAGUCCGUCGAGACAGCCGUCGAAAUUGCCACCUCCUUCGGCUCGGACAAGAUCUGCCCAAUAUUCCAACUCUCCAACGUGACAGGUCAAGGACUUGACCAUGUCCGCACGUUCCUGAAUUUGCUUCCCUCCAGCGAGGAUGACAAGGACAAAUUCGCCGUCGACCAACCAUUCGAAUUCUCAAUAACAGAAGUUUGGUCCGUUCCCUAUGUGGGGACCGUCGUUAAUGGGAUAGUCAAUUCGGGGACAGUCAAGGCGGGUGAUGCAGUUAUGCUUGGCCCCGACUCGAAUGGGAACUAUCAAACCACUGUGGUGAAAAGUAUGCAGAGGAAGAGGGCGAAUGUGAACACUGCUGAAGCGGGACAGUGCGUUUCGCUGGCCUUGAAGCGAAUACGAAGGUCUGCGGUUCGUAAGGGCAUGAUAUUGGUUCACAAGUCCGAUACUCCUCCUCGAGCGAUCCGCCAGUUCGAAGGACAAGUCCUCAUUCUAUAUCACAAUACUACAUUACAGAAGAACUACCAAGCUAUGCUUCACUGCGGGGCUGUUCGCCAGACUGUACGAAUAAUAGGGAUGGACCAUCCCCAGGGAAUCUUGCGGACGGGUGAUCGAGCCACAGUCCAAUUUGAGUUCAUAGCCCACCCCGAGUUUGUCAAGGAAGGAAUGAAGCUGUUAUUCCGUGAGGGAAAGACGAAGGGUCUCGGUGUAAUAACUCGUAUCUUGUAA